AUGUAUUACCACUAGCACGCUCAGCUUUAAAAAAAAAAACACUUGCUUUGAUCUGCAUACCCCACACAACAUGAAAAUCUAUGUUUUGCUCGCCUUGUGUGUAUUCUGCCUUUGCGGUGUGUCUGGCGUAUCGGUGUUAGCGCGGGAGGGAGAGUCUGUCACUUUACCUGUAGAGCAUACAAAAUCCCAAGAUGACAGAAUAAAGUGGUAUUUUAAUGACGAGCGCAUCGCUGAAAUCUUCGGAAACCAGAGUAAGAUCUGUGCAGAUGUUAAGUGUAAAGAGACAUUCACGGACAGGCUGAAGCUGGACAAUGAAACUGGAUUUUUAACAAUCACGAACUCCAGAACCACAGACUCUGGAGUUUAUAAACUACUGAUCAUGAUCCAGAACACUGAAGAAACCUUCAACGUUACGAUUUGUGCUGAAAUUGAUCGAAUUGAGGAAAAGGAGUCAGUGCCUGUCAAAAAUGAGAAAUGUGAAUUUGAACCCGAUGAAAACAAAGUGUUCGGGAUGGAGGGAGAUUUGGUCAUUCUACACAACAACGGUGGAAUAAACCAGCAAGACCGAAUUAAAUGGUAUUUUGAUGGCGUCUGCAUAGCUGAAUUCUUUAAUGAUCAACAUAAAAACUGUACAGAUGAAGGGAAUCCUGAGAGAUUCGGAAACAGAUUGAACGUGAACAGACGCACUGGUGAUCUCAGCAUCACAAACACCAGACCUACAGACACUGGAGUUUAUAAGAUGAUCAGCCGUAAUUGUUUCAAGACCUUCCAUGUUACUGUCAGUGAAGAUUUUUCAACUGCUGUAAUAAAAAAAGCUGCUAUGAUUGGUGGUGCUGUUUCUGCUGCUGUUGUACUGGUAGUAGUAAUCAAAGUGCUGAUUUUCUCCUGUAAGAAAAGGAAAGCGAAAGCAGGACACAAUGGAAACGGGACACCAGACAGAGAUAAUCAGAAUUCAGAAUUAAAGCCGCUAAAGCCUCAAAGAAGAAUGCUAAUAAUUUAA